AUGGCAGCGCAACGUGAAAUCGAUACCACUGCAACGUCUGAUGAGCGUGCCCCUUUGCUCGCUCCCGAGCAUGCGCGGUAUGACGCAGACGAAACUACAGAAGACGACGCGAUAGCGGAGGCCGGGGAGGCGACCUCAAACACCUGGCUUUAUCUUUGGAGAGGAUUUUGGGUGUUGCUCGCGAUGCUUAUCAUCGCCGUCUUCAUCAAAGGCUGGAUAAACGCUGAUGACGUGAACUUUGAUCUCAAAGGUGCGCUGAAAAGGGCGUUAGGAGGCGGGUUAAGUGGAGCUGCCGCGAUGGUUCUUCAAGUGCUGUUGCUGAUGCCAAUUCGCACGAUCAUGAAUUACCAGUAUCGCCAUGGAACAUCUUUGUCAGUAGCCACGAAGACCCUGUAUCAAGACGGCGGGCUGGGGCGCUACUACCAGGGUCUCACGGCCGCACUCUUUCAGGGUCCAAUUGCACGCUUCGGCGACACAGCGGCCAACGCAGGUAUUUUGGCUCUAAUGAAGUCGAACGGAUAUCUCAACCAACUGCCAUCACCGGUCAAGACUAUCUUCGCAUCGUGCUGUGCUGCAGCAUUCCGGAUGCUCCUCAUGCCCAUUGACACGUUGAAAACGACUCUUCAAGCCCAAGGCGCGCGCGGCACGAAGCUGCUUCGGGAGCGUAUACGCACUGACGGUGUCGGAUCGCUUUGGUGGGGAGCGUUUGCGACUGCCGCCGCUACUUUCGUCGGGCACUAUCCAUGGUUCGCCGUCUACAACUUCCUUUCUGAGACCAUUGCCGAGCCUUCCAGACACCAAAUUGGGUGGUGGCUACUCCGCGCGGCAUUUAUCGGAUUCUGCGCCUCAGUUGCAUCGGACACUAUUUCGAACUCCCUGCGCGUAGUGAAGACUUACAGGCAGGUAAAUGACACGAGGAUCUCGUAUACCGAAGCCGCUAGGCAAGUCAUUCGUCAAGACGGAAGAAUCGGGUUGUUCGGUCGCGGAUUGAAGACCAGGAUCAUUGCGAAUGGCCUACAGGGUAUACUGUUCUCGAUUCUGUGGAAGCUGUUCUUGAAGAUUUGGGAAGACAAGACCGGCAAGUAG